ACCGAGUGACGCACAUCCGUCGCGUUUUCAGCACAGCGCUGCUAACGGGAAGCUAACCCAGUGGUAGCCUGGUGUGUCGUAGAUCGUUGCGUGUCACCUUAUCGGCGGUAAAAUAGUCCUGGACCGCGUAGAAGACCCCGUUACACUUUUCUCGUAUUUGUCUGGGAUGUAUGGAUGGGUAGUUGACGGAAUCUCGUCGCUGUUUGAGCCCGUUCGGGGGCGAAACCCCAGCGAGUGUCCCGGGAAAGGUAACAUUAGCGAGGAGGAACCCACGCUACCUGGCGUGAAAGCGGGUGCACAGCGGCAGGAGACCCCCGGCAGACCAGCUAAACGGAACUACCAGAGUGUUGAUGUUGCAGAUGGUGUUUGCCAAAGUGACCCGGUAGAGGUGAAAAGACAGAGACGAGAUGUAGUCAUUAGCUUUGUGAAGAAGACUGUGGCCGGAGUAGCGGGUCUGCUCAGGCUGCGGAAGCCCCUGACGACCAGGUGUGAGAAUCCCAGGCAUUAUGAGGAGACACAGCCGGUUACUCUGAUGGGAAUAGAUGAGCUCCAGACCUCAUGGCUGAACAGUACUGAGUGGAGAAUGAGUAAACCAGUGGGUGGAAUGAAUGAGAGGGGUGUUAAGAAUCCCUUUCAGAGCACUUCACCUCCUUUAAUGAGGAAGUACAGUGGGGCAGGGCUGUCUGCAGGGCUCCCUGACAGGGGGAAGGACAGGGAGAGGAGAGGCUCUCUCCAGCUGCUGCCCUCCAGACCUGCUCUGAGGACUGGAACUGCUAUCUCUGAUCCAACCUGCAAUGGCUUUGGACACAACCGCUGCUACAAGCCCAGUCUUACUGUUGAGGAGACAAUUAAGCAGAACAAUAAGGAGCACUACAGGCGCUUGCUGGAGAUGGUAUCAGAGAAAUACAGCAAAACCCAACCACUACCUUUCAACCAAACAAAACCGCAAGAUGAGUCGCUGUCACAGCGUGAUCCCAAAACUGCUGCUUCAGGAAAAGCCUUUGAAUCUGUGCCCAGGAAGACAGCACACACAGCUGCCCCAAGUGUGUUUACAUGGAGAAAUGCAACUACAACCAAGGACAGGUGGGGUAGUUUGACCUUCAGCAAGUCAUUCAGUGGAACCUUUGAGGACCCACAACCUGCUAGAUGUGCAAAGCCUGUGUUGCAGCAGAAACAGGCAGCGGAUUUGGACCUUUCAACAGAAGUAGCUACACGUCUCAAUCUAGUGGACAGAGAGACUCCUGCUGUCGUCCCUGACGCACACACAGCACAUACGAGACACACCGAUGAGGACAUACCUCGGCUGACCAAGGAGAUGGCAGCAGAAGUGAGCUGUGCUCUGGCUCAGAGCGAUCCCAACCUGGUUCUGAGUGCCGCUUUCAAACUUCGCAUCACACAGAGAGACCUCGCCACACUGCAGGAGGGUGGUUGGCUCAACGAUGAGGUGAUUAACUUUUACCUUUCCCUGGUCAUGGAGCGGUGCUCUGGUGAAGCAGCAGCAUUAAAGGUGUACUCGUUCAGCACCUUCUUCUUCCCUAAGCUGUGGGGUGGAGGAGGCGGGCAGGCGGGAGGACACGCUGCGGUGAAGCGUUGGACCAAGGCUGUCGAUCUUUUCCUCCACGACCUCGUCCUGGUCCCUCUGCACCUGGGCGUCCACUGGGCACUGGCUGUGAUUGAUUUUAAGUCAAAGACAGUGAAGUCAUAUGACUCGAUGGGGCAGAGACACGACGACAUCUGUAGUCUUUUACUACUCUACCUUAAAGAGGAGCACAAAGCAAAGAAAGGCAGAGAACUGGACAGUGCCAAAUGGACCGUUGGAAGUUUCAGGUCUACUGAGAUUCCCCAGCAGAAAAAUGGCAGUGAUUGUGGUGUUUUUGCCUGUAAAUAUGCUGACUAUAUUUCAAAAGGAAGGCCUCUCACCUUUAAACAGUGCCACAUGCCUCUCUUCAGGAAGUUAAUGAUUUGGGAAAUCCUCAAUCAGAAGCUGCUGUAGAAAGUUGCACCAAUCUCAAUUAAAGGCCUAACAACAGGGUCGUUCUCAAUGGGAGCAGCACCUGUGUACAGUAACUACAUGGUGAAGAAAAAUAAAUUAAUGGGCCAAAGAAGUGGAGUUUGCUGACUGAGAUCUAACCCAGUCUGACUGUUCUGAUCUGGAGAAAUCAAACACUAGUCUUAAGAGUCGAUUAUGUCCCUUUCCCUGUAAGGGACAUAUUAACAUUUUGUAAUCUCUGAGUUGUAAUUGGAGACGUUAUAAGUGUAUGUCUUACACAAGCUUUGGCACUACUGACUGAAUGGCUUCUCUUUUAUUUUUUCAUUGACUUUGGAUUGUUGUUCUACUGUUUGAAGUUCUGCCUGAAGUGCCUUCAGCCCUCUGACACUGAGCUCAACUUAGACCAUGCGUUUGAGUAUUUUGGGAAAUUGCUAGAUCACAUAUAACACCGUCGUAUCUUUAUUGAAAUUAGAUUGUUACAGGUCAGUAUUUCCUGGUGUAAUUUGUCUGUUCCCCUCAUUUAUAAUCAAGAGUGGACAGCAACUAACAACACUUGUAUUUAGACAAGACACUCAAAAAUUAUAAUCAGAAUACCUCCUGCCCCCCCCCCCCCUUUUCAGAACAAAAAUGCAUGGUCGAGCGCUUAUAGUAUGUUUGUUUGCUAUUAUUUAUGACUUGACUGGGUGAGAAAGUUGUUUUUGCAAUGUGUUUGUUUGUCCUCCAUGAGUGGAGCAUUAAUGGUAUUUUGCUCACAUGUAACAUAAGGCGCUGUUAGAUCUGUGAAUCUUUUCCAUGAGCAUACUGCAAGAGGCUAUUUAGGGCUAUUUACAUUGACUUACAGUAUAGUGUACCGCACAGAAAACUACUGUUCACACAUGCAUGUUUGAGUUCAUGCUUUGAAAAUGUGAUUUUUUUUUUCUCCCUGUAAUAAAGUAUUUCAUUUUUUAAAA